CUCGUCAGGGAGCUGAACCUGAUCAAAGAUGAUCAGUACAGUCUUCUCAAGCUGCUCCAUGUUUUCCAUCCAACAUUACAGAAGGUCACAGCAGAGAAGCUCGCUGUCUGUAAACUUCUGUUCAUCUUUGACGGCCUGGAUGAAAGCAGACUUUCACUGGAUUUCAACAACAAAGAGCUCGUGUCUGAUGUCAAACAGGAGUCAUCAGUCAGCGUGCUGUUGACAAGCCUCAUCAAGGGGAAUCUGCUUCCCUCGGCUCUCAUCUGGAUAACUUCCAGACCUGCAGCAGCCAAUCAGAUCCCUCCUUCAUGUGUUGACAGGGUAACAGAAGUACGAGGCUUCACUGACGCUCAGAAGGAGGAGUACUUCAGGAGGAGAGUCAGUGAUGAAGAUCUGUCCAGCAGAAUCAUCUCACACAUCAAGACCUCCAGGAGCCUCCACAUCAUGUGUCUGAUCCCAGUCUUCUGCUGGAUCACUGCUACAGUUCUGGACCACAUGUUGUCCACAGACCAGAGAGAAGAGCUGCCCAAGACCCUGACUGACCUGUACUCACACUUCCUGCUGGUUCAGACAAAGAGGAAGAAGAAGAAGUACGAUGAAGGACAUGAGACGAGUCCACAGGAGCUGAUGGAGGCUGACAGAGAAGUUCUUCUGAAGCUGGGGAGGCUGGCGUUUCAACAGCUGGAGAAAGGAAACAUCAUGUUCUACCAAGAAGACCUGGAGCAGUGUGGUCUGGAUGUCACAGAGGCCUCGGUGUACUCAGGAGUUUGUACACAGAUCUUCAAAACAGAGAGUGUGAUCUUCCAGAAAACAGUCUACAGCUUUGUUCAUCUAAGCGUUCAGGAGUUUCUGGCUGCAGUCUACAUGUUCCACUGUUACACCAACAGGAACACAAAGGUACUGAAGGACUUCCUGGGAAAGGAUGACAGGGACUCAAAACCAAAGUCUUUCCUUGAGAAGGUCUCAAUUCUUUUUGGAAACACUGAUAGCCAUCACCCAUCUCUGGAUGUGUUCCUGAGGAAAGUCAUGGAGAAAUCCCUUGAAAGUAAAAAUGGUCACCUGGACCUGUUUGUUCGCUUCCUUCAUGGCCUCUCUCUGGAGUCCAACCAGAGACUCUUAGGAGGCCUGCUGGGUCAGACAGACAGCAGUCCAGAAAUCCUCCAGAGAGCCAUCAACAACCUCAAGGAGAUGAACAGUGAUGAUAUCUCUCCUGACAGAAGCAUCAACAUCUUCCACUGUCUGAUGGAGAUGAACGAUGACUCAGUCCAUCAGGAGAUCCAAGAGUUCCUGAAGUCAAAGAACAAAUCACAGACGAAACUCUCUGAGUUUCACUGCUCAACUCUGGCCUACAUGCUGCAGAUGUCAGAGGAGGUUCUGGAUGAGUUUGACCUGAAGGAGUUCAACACAUCAAACCAGGGACGACUGAGACUGAUUCCAGCUGUGAGGAACUGCAGAAAGGCUGCACUUUCUGACUGUGGAUUCUCAGAGACUCACUGUGAAGUCGUGGCCUCAGCUCUGAAGUCCAACCCCUCCCACCUGAGAGAGCUGGACCUGAGAGGAAACAAGCUGCAGGAUUCAGGAGUGAAGACACUGUCUGCUGGACUGGAGAGUCCAAACUGUAAACUGGAGACUCUAAAAUUGUGGCACUGCAGUUUGUCAAAGAUCAGCUGUGCUUCUCUGGCCUCAGCUCUGAAGUCCAACCCCUCCCAUCUGACAGAGCUGGACCUAAGUGUAAACAACCUGCAGGAUUCAGGAGUGAAGCUGCUGUGUGAUUUUCUGAAGAGUCUACACUGCAGACUGAAGACUCUGAGGUUGAGGUGGUGCAGUUUGUCAGAGUUCAGCUGUGCUUCUCUGGCCUCAGCUCUGAAGUCCAACCCCUCCCAUCUGACAGAGCUGGACCUAAGAGGAAACAACCUGCAGGAUUCAGAUGUGAAGCUGCUGUGUGAUCUUGUGGAGAGUCCACACUGCAGUCUGCAGACUCUGAGGUGGAGUGAUGAGAAAGGUGGUCGUGUCGAGUGAGGAUCAGCUGAGUCCUGAUGAUCCAGAGAGGUUGAAGCAGCAGCAUCAGCUCUGACUGGGCCAUGUUACUGGGAGGUGGAGUGGAGAGGAGAGCUUCAUCCAGCAGAGACUGACAGAGGAAUCA